UGUCACUUUAUUUUCGUCAAAAAGCACUGAGGUUUUUUUUUAUAAAGUAUUAUGGCAGAAGUAGUGUGCAGGGACCUGGUGGAAGAAGAAAAUGAAGACCGAAAGCAUUUUAAACGUAUAUUAAAUGCAUUUAGAUGUUACAGAAUUAACUCAUUGCAGAGGCUUUAUAAAACCUCAGUGUACUUUGAAACUCUCCCAGUGGCUCAUCAGUAUGUUCUGAAGAGCUAUAAGCAACAUUUAGAUAAAAUAAGAAAAUGCAUUGACCAGAAUAAUGAAGUAAUCAAGCUUAUUAUAAAUGAUGUGGCCCACAUGUUUGAGAAUACAGACCAUACAGCUGAUGUGCAGAAGACUUCAUGUGAUGCUAAUGUGAAGUUUUCUGACAUGGAUAAAGUACAAAGUCUGCUGAGACAAUUUGUCAGAGAAUGGAGCAUAGAAGGAGAACAGGAGAGAAAAGCAUGUUUUAAGCCUAUAUUAGAUGAAUUGACAUACAUAUUUCCAGAAGAUCAGUGUAAUCCUCAAGAAAUUCAAGUUCUUGUGCCAGGAGCUGGACUUGGUCGUUUAGCAUACGAAAUAGCACGUCAUGGGUACACUUGUCAAGGAAAUGAGUUCAGCCUAUUUAUGCUUUUUGCAUCAAAUUACAUUCUGAACAAGUGCAAAGGUAUAAACUUGCAUUGUAUUCAUCCAUGGAUCCACCAGUCUUGUAACCACUUUUCUUCCAAUGAUCAAACCCGACCAGCUUAUUUUCCUGAUGUAAAUCCUUCAGAUAUUCCAUCACAAGUGGACUUUUCUAUGGCAGCAGGAGAUUUUCUACAGGUGUAUACCGAACCUGGUACCUGGGAUUGUAUAGUUACAUGUUUCUUCCUUGACACAGCCAAUAAUAUAGUUUCUUACAUUGAAACUAUUUACCAUAUUUUAAGACGAGGAGGCUAUUGGAUUAAUCUAGGUCCUUUGCUGUAUCACUAUGCUGACCUGCCCGAUGAAAACUCUAUAGAACCGAGUUAUGAGGAUGUGAAAAAAGUCAUUCUCUCUUAUAACUUUGACAUACUGAAAGAACAAACCGGGUUGAAAACACCAUACACACAGAACCCUCGAUCAAUGAUGUUCCACGAGUAUCGAAGUGUGUUUUUUGUUUGCAAAAAGAUAGAAUCCUGAAUGUUGGGAAAAGAUUCAUUUGGAGUGAAGUAAUACCACCAACUAGAAGAACCGCGGCAGUCGUUAACAUAGGCCCGGCUUUACUUGUGUUAAUGAACGUGCCGAAUGUGAGGUUUCC